AUGGUUGAACACCUUGCCGUCAUAUUCUAUGCAUUCAAACUGAGCUCAAAAUUAUCACAUCCAUCCGGAGAAGCAACGUCCAAACCCAAGCCGUUCAUUGCUGGCACAGAGUUCAGAGUUAAGUUGACUUCAAACUAUCAAGCUGACCGGCCUGGUCACACUACGUGCGCCCUCAAUCAAACAGCUUGGCAAGUGACAAACGUAACUACCUUGCUACUCAAUCAAGCUAGACCAGUCCUUGCCAUGCAAGAGUGGCGCCUCACGGAUCCGCCAACGGGCGCUUACCCACCAGAACACAACCCAUCAACCCCAGCCACCCUCAUCACCACGCCCAAUUAA